UGCUAUAGUGGCGAGAAAAUAGUGACCGUACUGCUCCUCCCGACCCACGGAAGGUGGCCGUCGAUGAUCGGUUGAAAAACGGCUGACCGAAGAUUCCAAAGCAAACCAAAGAAUCCCCAAAUCCGAUCGGCAUCAUUCUGCUACCAAGUGCGUUAACCACCUCGCGCAGCAGUUUCGGAGGUUCUAAAUGUUAAUAACGAUGUGAAUAAGUAAUCAGAAAAGUAAAUUUGCACUAGCAAAAAUUGAUUUGUUGCUAUUUUUGCCCGCGGUGCAAGAUAGAUGAGGUAGUAGAAGUAGUGGAAAGAUCCGAAAGGCCACGAGAUGAUGGAGUAAGCAAAUAGUUACUCAUCUAGAGUACCCUGCCCGUUUGUGUUUUACGUGGGGUCGAAUGUUUAGUGUUCUCGAUAACGACGACUAGCACGACGACGACGAGGUCAGCGUUUAUUCAGUUUCCAUGUAAAAAUAAAAACCCAACAAACGCCCGCGUCUUCUCACAAUGUGAUAUUUGUUGGGUUGUGCAAAAACCUGUUUUUGGCAAUGUUUUGAAAGAGGAGUUUCACUGUCAUUUCAUCACUUCUGCAAUCGAUGCUGUUCUACUCCCUUCAGAGGGAUUCUUUUCCACGUGCGAAUCCUCAUCCCAUCGCAGUACGUUGGCGAACAAGUGAAAAAUCAAUCGUUGGAAAGUUUGGUUGUUUCCUUUUGUUGGGUAGUUCGUAAAUGUGUUUCGGUAGUUUCACGAAAAACGCCACGGAUCAAUCGUCGUUGUGUUGUUUUUGGCUGUAUGUAAGAUUGCUCGUGCGUUUCAACAUCCGCCAGCAAAACAAAAUCAACCGCAGUGAGCUGCCGAAUUGUGUUAAUUGUGCGAGCAAAUAUUAUUGUGUUUUGCAAGUACUGCCCCGAAAAAUCCCCGUACGUCAAACCCGAAGCAAAGGCGCUCGCGCUGGAAUGAAAAAUCCUCAAAUAAUUUUCCGAGAAAAGUGAAGGGGCUCGAAACAAAAUCAAGUGAUUCGAAGAUUUCGUACUCGCGAAAAGUAUUUAUUUGCUGGGUUUUCUUUUGCGAAAGAAAACAAUAAGCUGGAUCAAAGGUUCCUCCUAGCGCCACCUCGUCCUCACGUCCCUUCAUCAAUUGUUCUUUCGUUGAAAGGUGAAGUGAAAAAAAGGCGCAAAGAAAAAGGGAUACCCCCGUGCCGUCAGCUGUGCUCGAGUGUUCCCAUGCAGCCGUGACACAGUUACCCGUGUAUGUGUGUAUGUGUGAGUGAAAAAGUCCUGCGUUCGUUGAUCCGUCAUCGUGAAGUCAAACGUAUCCUUCCUCCUAGUUGGAGCCAUCGGAAGUGGACCCAACUAUAAACAAAGUACCCGUAGUUAAAAGGUUUUGGCUGCCAAACGUAUCGCACAACAAACACGAGAAAACGAAACAUGCACAAAUCGUCGGCUGGCGCAAUCAUUUAGCAAUCGUUGUACAAUCUUCGCACACUCAACCGGCGCACAUCAUUUCAUCAACCCAAAGGAACCGUACCAAUCCAAGCUGGCUGCCUCACAAUGUGGGGCCAGGAUACCCCUGAGCCCCAACACUCAGGCGACAAUCGAGAAGCAUUUGCCGGGCCUGCCGAGCAAGCGGUUGCUCAUGCAGCAGGCCUCCUCCCGGGCGGCAACCGAGAAACGAGACGUCGGAUGCAUAACUGAGUUAUGCAGCGCCGAAGACUUACCCGAGGUGGAGAUUUUCUCCCUGCUCGAGGAGCAAAUCCCACGCUACAAGAUCCGGGCGGACACCACCACCACGUUCGGUGGCUACGAAAACCAGGACUGGUUCGUGCAGUAUCCAGCGUUACCGAUCCCGACCGAAGGGCUCGGCCUGACGACGGAGCAAACCCGGGAAGCGCUGAACUAUUUCCUCCUAUGCGGUAACCGAGUGAGCCAAAUGACCCGCGCGUACGAUGACAUCGAUGCCGUAACGCGUCUGCUGGAAGAGAAGGAAAAGGACCUCGAGCUGACGGUGCAGAUCGGCAAGGAGCUGCUGACGCAGAACACGCACCUGGAGAACCGGGUCGCCGAGCUGGAGCAGGAGCUGAAGGGCACGAACGAGAACCUGGCGCAGCUCUCGCACGAGCUGCACCAGAAGAACGAGCUGAUCGGCAUACUGACGAACGAUGCCGACGAUACCAGUGAAAAUGUCACACCGACGGCAUCGAAGUCGAUCAACCUGGAGCUGCUGCAGCGCAAGGUCAAGCACCUGGAGGAGGAGAACAAGUCCCUGCGCACGGAGACGGCCCAGCUGGUGAAGGAGACGGACGAGUGCGAGGAGCAGGAGCGCAAGCUGAUGGCCGACAUCGCCAACCAGCUCACGACGGCCAACAGCGAGUUCGAUGGUUUGAAUUUGGAACUCGAGCGACUAAAGGAGGAAAACCGGCUGCAGCAUGAGCAAAUCAUCAGCCUCACGGGGCGCCUGUCGGAGGCGGAAAUACGGCUGCAUCAGCUGACGUCGGAGAACGAGGAAGCGUCGUCGCUGCUCAGCAUCACCAAAGAGAACCAGAACCUGCUGGCGGGCGAGCUGUCCGAGUUCAAGCUGCGCUAUCAGGAGGUGCUGAAUCUGCUGCAGGAAACGCAGGAGCAGCUGCGGCGGCAGCGUAAACGAGCCCAACCGUUGGCGAGGAGUUCGCUCAUCCCGGGCAUUACGGCACUCGCCGGUGGCGCACCCGAUUCCCUGCAGUCGGAGCUGAUGGAAACGUCGCUCUACUCGGAGCACAGUCUCGACUCGGGCAUCGACUCGGUGCGUGGAGGAAUGCUAGGUGGUGUAGGUGGCGUCGGCGGCCAGCAGCAGGUGCCCUCGUACCGGAAGGUAUUCGAAACGGUGCGCACGGCGAGCCGGGCGAAUCCGAACGGGUUCAGUGAUAGUUUCUCGCAGCUCGGUUCGAUGACGAUGAGUUCCUCCUCGCAGCCACGGAUGGCGCCGUACGUUUACCCAGGACUGGGAGGCAAUUCGGCCAAUGCUGGCGCAUCGCACACCACGAUGGCACACUCGUAUCUGAGCGGCGGUGGUGGUGGUUCGUCGGUUUACAGCACGAUGUACGGUGGAGGAAGCUCGCUCGGAGGACGGUCGUACUCGCGCGAAAGCCUUACCGCCGACUCGGACGAUGGCUACCCGGGAACGGGCCAGCAGCCAGGCAUUCCGGGUGCACCGGGUGCCAAGGAUCUGGAGGCGGCCUUGAAGCGCCUUACGCCGGCCGAAGUGUUGGCGAGGCGAGCAAUGCUCCAGCAUGCCCCGCUCGGUACGUACAGCUACGAUGAGCAGCCGUCGGGAAUGCCGCUCGGUUGCCGCACGCCGGACAGUAUUAUGUCUACCGGUUCGUCCGGCUUGUCCGGCCUGUCGUCGGCGGCGACCGGUGGCGGUAACAGCAGUUCCCAGUGGCGCCUACCGGAGAAGUUGCAGAUUGUGAAACCGAUCGAGGGCUCGCAGACCCUUCACCACUGGUCACGGUUGGCCACGCCGACGCUGAGUGGACUGCUCGAGGAACGACCCGGUGUUACGAUACGCGGUGGUCGUGGACUCGACGAACUCGGUCUUCAAACGUACUCGCUCUCCGACGUUGAGGAGGACGAAGACGCCGAAGAUCACCCGGGCAAGCGGUUCCAAUCGUUCGGAUGCACCUACACCUACACCAACAGCACCGUACUGCAUCCGGACGAUGGCACCACGGCCGUCACCUUCAGUCUGCCACCGUCACAGAUGUCCUCGCAGAUGGCGUCCGAGUGUCCAUCGCGACAACCGACCGCUCCGUCGACGCCACGGUCCAGUCUGUCGCGGCGCAACUCCUGCUCGACUUUCAGCGUCAACCUAGGCCUCGCGUCCAUGCUGAACGAGCGUGGCAUCAAGGCCGUUACCCCCAGUGCACUUAACACCCCCGCGGGACCCAACUUUUCACCCACGGUCACACCCUGCAAUAGUCCAGAUGGUUCCCCGACACGUUCAAUGUCCCCCGAACCACCACUCCUGUCCGGUCUGCUAGCAUCUGGAGCCGAUAUCCUUCGCAAACGCUUUGCCGCCUCGACCAGCAAUAGCAGCGGUGGCCCCGGUCCCUCCGACCCCACCGACCGUGCGUCGAGAGUUAUUUCCCGCAACAAGGUCGCCCUUUCCCGGCUGGAGAAGAAGGCACUCCGCUCGAUCAAGAUCAUGGAGAAGGUGGAGAGUAUCGGGCUGGAGAACAUCAUGCUGCCACCGCAGCACCCGCCCGGCAUCAGUCCGCUCGCCCUACACGGUUCGUCGGCCAUGUACAGCACGGCGUCGACCGGUCGCGGACGCAGCCCGAUGGCACAGCUGACCAGCUUGAAGCACCUCCAGGAUCAACGACGCAAACACCAGCAGCAGCAACAACAACAAGCGGACGACGAAACGGUCCUCAUUGACAAGCGCACGAUCAAGGCCGUCUUGAGCAAGGGUCUUUCGCACGACAGCCUCAAGAGUAUGGCGUCGUCGUCCGGUGCGAGCAGCGGCAUCAGCACGGCGAUGUCCUCCGACUCGGACAGCUCUUCCGUGGCGAGCAACGACUCGGACCGUCCGUCGCCCGCCGCUACCGCCUCACCGACUACGGCCGCACGACUGAAGCAGAUGCAGCGCCAAAAGUCUCGCCGUAACCUGAUGAACGGUGCGAACGGAGGUACCCAGCGACCGGAUCUCGGCACGGUGAACGGUGCGUCCACCGGGCGGACCGGCGUCCGACCAGAUCUCGGCACGGUCGGCGGGAAUAAACCAUCUUCCGCGGGCAGCAAAUCAACCUCCAACCAAGGCAAGGAUACCCGAAAGGAAACGCAGCAAGCGGCGGCGGCGGCCCCGAAAGAGGAAAGUACCCGUUCGCUCGGACAAAGUGUGUACGGCACGAUCAGUUCGUUGCUAUUUGGCCGCAAAGGUGGACUGCUGUAAUAGGCUGCUGUGUUCGUGUGAAAGUGCGUCAAGAAGAGUGAGAGAGAGAUAGGAGAGUGGUUUAAGGCACACAUUACGUCAUCACUAAGAUGGUGCAAGAAAGAAGAAAUCGUCGCGUUUCCUUUCUUUCGGAACUUUUUUUUUAGACCUUUAAGUUGUGUCCCUAUUUAGUAUCUUUAAAUCAUUUAGCUAAAACGAAGCGAGAAGGAGAGAAUUUAAUGUAGAAUACUGUAUCUGUAGUUCAUCUCUCUCUCUUCGUUUGUUUAACCAACUUUUUAGAGUAGACAAACAAACAGGAUAUUAUCUUUUCGUUUUAAGCACCACAGAUCGCGCCCCUCCCCAUCCAACGCGUUCACCCUUCCCCCAACCACGGGAGAGAAAGGGGUGCAAUAUAUCUCGACCAUUGAGCAUUGCGGUACACAUGCGAAAGGAAUGUACAACCCACAAAUGAACACCGUGCGAAAACAUUACGAUAAAACAAUAUCGAUACUCAUCGAUAGAAAUUAUUCUUCACAUCCACAUCCGGUUUUCCCUGCGAACAAAAACGCCAAUGAAGGAGAAGGAAACAUGGUCGUACACUCACUCGAAACAUUUCUUAAACUGCCCGCGGAAAUGCGCCGUAGAAACACUUCAGUAUUUGUGAUCCUCCGUCGUUGAUUUUAGAGCCACUUUAGAUUAGAGAUGACGCUUAUCGUUUAUGCAGUAGAGUUUAUUAACGGCUUUUCGUCUGAUGAGGUGCGUGCCGAAACAUUCCGGUGUAUGAGAAGCGUGCUGCCGUGUGUGGCUUAGUGCGUGUUUGCAUGUGUGUGUGUGUCUGUGUAAGUCCAAUCGGGACGGAACUGAACCUCUUCUGUUUUUCUUCUUCCUAAACUAUUUCCUGUGAAAUCCACACAGAAGUUCGUUCGAACAUAGUAAGAUCAUCCUUCAUUUCAAGCUACCCUACCAUAGCCUACUUUUCCUAGGAUAGGAUGCGCUUAGAAAAUCAUCCUUCGAGUGAGUUUGCGAUCGAGUUUGCCUUUCUUUCCAGUGCUUGCUUUGAUGUCGGUGAAUGAUGUGACAAUUGUUUUACGAUUACGCCGGUUAUCCUUUGCCGGACGUACAGACCCCUUUCCCGUGUUCCGAAUGCCCUCGGAUGAUAUGUUCCUCGUAGGAGCGCUUAAAUUAUAUCGCACAUCACAAACUACUAGCGUGUGGCGGAUGGUGUGUGGAACAUGUGACGGUGUGUGGUGCAUCUCUACAACUUAAUUCUACUUCUAGUCCAAUGAACAACGAAUUAUUUUUUUUUUUUCAUUGUAGAUCUUUCAAUCAUUCAUACUAUUUACUCGACUUUUCAUGCUUUAUGAAAAUUUAUUCUUUUCGACAACCGAGCAAUAUCAAAACCGACACCCGACUGACCCGGCAAAGUAAAAGAUCUCAUCGGCAUCGUUGGUCCCACGUCCCGGUUCCGAACCUUUCUCUGGAAAAGUUCGUGCUAACCCCCACCCUGGACGGAUCAACCCUCCUUCUCCCCCAUGGUGAACAUUUAACAUCAAAUCGGUACCCUAACUCUGUACUUUUAGGGAACUCGUUUCCCUUCGUGACUUUUCUAUCUUUCCAACAUCUUUCGAGAAGUACAAAAUCACCAAGCCCUAGCUGGAGGAGACUCUAUCUAUCCACCGGCAUCAAAGGGUUUAUUGUGCACCUCUCCCUCUGUUACUAUACUUUUCUUAAAUAUAUCGGCACACGAUAUAACUUUCUGUAAAGCUACAACAAUCCUGGAUUUCGUUUACUUUCUUUUCGGAGUAGCAUACCAACAUAAAUAGUCCAACAAGGAAACCCGGAGGUCGUCGUCGUGGGUUGAUAUUGCUCGAGUUUGAAAUAUUUUUUAUUUUUAUUUUACUUUAAAAUUACUUUCCUUUUUCGUACUAAAUUCAAGACAACCUACUCUUAAACACACAAUCGCUUCCGCGCUUCGGUUAGAACGGGGGAAAAAAUGGCCCCUUAGAUCGUUGAAGAGAGUGCAAACGACGAUAAAUAGAUAGGCGAUAGAAGAGGCAAAGGCGCAAAAACUAAAACGAUCGUAGUGUCUAGCGUGUACCACCAACAACAACUACCCAGUCUUUAAGCAGAACUGUAGAUCUUAGGCCCCCACCCUUUUAAAGCCAUCGGGGUAGUAUCCUAAUCGCUACGUCGCGGUUCCGUUGAGUUUUUCCACCUUCCGAUGAGAAACACACAAGCCUCUUGCCAAACACCACACACAUCUUUAGACGCGCAAACCGAUUUGUGAGGAGGAAGAAAAGGCGACACUUUUGUUCGAAAUGACGAGGGGGUGCUUGUUUCGUAUUAUUAUUUUUCCCCGGUGCUACAAGGAUCCCCGGAUAAAGGGUGGAUAACGAACGGAAAAGCAAAGCGAGGCACAUAGGAAUGAGAGCGUUGAGAGUCAACAAUGUUUGUUGUUAGGAUGCCUUUCAAAUCGGACCGUAAAGUUGGGAGUACGGGGAUAAGGAAAAUGUACAUAGAAAGAGGAGGGCACUAACAACAGGGGAGGGAGAUCGUUAGGCACGGAAAAUGGAGUGACUGAUUGCGUAUAUAUGAUGGGCUGGUGUAGAUAAUUAUUUAACUAGAGAGAUCCUACGGAAGCGCAAAAUGGAACGGAACAGUGCGGUGUGAGACGGAUUGAACGAAGCGGACGUUUUAAUAAGAUACACAAAUCCUAACGAAGGCGUCCGUAACGGCGGAGAGAGUUUGUUGUUACAUCUAAAAAACAGACCGGUAACCGAGAAUGUUAAGUAUUUAUUUUUAUAUAGAAGCAAUGGUGAAAAUAAAGAAUAUAAUAAUUGACAAAGCUACAAAGUAAAGCAACAAAUUAUUACCCGGGCGGGAACGAGAGAGACCAGCAGGAGGGAGCGGGGGUGGAUGGAAACUGUUAUAACGAGCAAUUUGUUGAUGCCAAAGGGAAAGGAGAGGAACACUUAAACUACUUAUCACACAUGAAACUUACUACUAAACAUUAUAACGGACAGCAGCAGCAGCAGCCGGACGCUCCUAGAGUAGAAUCCAAAAACGCAGGGAAGGAAGGUGUCCUUUUAAAUAACACAUUAUUUGAGGCGUUUCAAUUCAAACUUUCCGUAGGCAAUUCGACGAACGAAGGACAGAACGUGAACCAAAUACGACAAGCAAAUGGUACUUCCUUCAAAAAGUACAGUAGUGAAAUUUUUGUGGAAAAUUAACCGAUACGAUCAACCGGACGAGGCACAAGAGAAAGGACACGGGAUACGGAACGGAACGGACAAGCAGCAAGAAAAUCAAAGGAAAAUGUUGUUGGGAACGGAAAAGCAGUCACCCACUGUAUUAUUAGGUUGUUAAAAGCGGCAAAGCGAAAGGAAGCGCUAAGGAAAAGCGGGAAAGUGAUCGCGAGACGCAGACCAGUGGCAUGGGGAAAAGUAAACCUGAGAGUUGGAAAACUCCUGUGACGCAUAAGAGAAUAAAUAAAAUAAUAAAA